ACUCACUAUUAAAAAGAGGCUCAGAGCAACCAAAAGUUACCAUAAUCAAAAUCCGCUUCCACACAUACAAUCCAAAAUUGUGUUCUACACUACCACAUAUACAAUCCAUUUCAAAUUGGCUUUUUCUUUUCUUCUUGAGAGAAGAUGGAAAUCACUUCGUUCUUGGGACCAUAUGCCACUAUAUGGCUCACAACUUUGCUUCUUUUCUUCAUCUCUAAACACUUCUUCUUCAACCACAAGAAGAAACUCCACAGCUUUCCACCCGGCCCAAAACCAUGGCCGAUCAUCGGCAACUUAAACGCCCUCGGACCAUUGCCGCACCGAUCCCUCCACCACCUCUCAACAAACUACGGCCCCAUAAUGCAGCUCCGUUUGGGCUCCAUCCCCGUCGUGGUGGGCUCCUCCGCGGAGAUGGCCAAGGUUUUCCUCAAAACCAUGGACGCCAACUUCGCCGAGAGGCCCAAAACCGCCGCGGGGAAAUACACGAACUACAACUACUCCGACAUCGUGUGGUCCAACGGCCCCUACUGGCGUCAAGCCCGGAAAAUCUGCCAGAUGCAGCUGUUCAGCCCAGAAAGACUCGAAUCCUACAAGCCCAUCCGGGUGGAGGAAAUGAAUUACCUUCUACUCCAGAUUUUCAAAUCAUCGGGGAAGCCCGUGGUGCUGAAAGAUCAUCUCUUGACGAUGAGUAUAAACAUGAUUAGCAGGAUGACGUUAGGGAAAAAGUACCUCGUCAGUGAUGAGGAGAAGUCCAAUAAUGUUAAUGUUGUUAGCUCAGAAGAGUUUAAGAAGAUGUUGGAUGAGUGGUUUAUCCUUAAUGGGGUGUUCUAUCUCGGGGAUGCGAUUCCGUGGUUGGGUUUUGUGGAUAUUCAAGGGUAUAUUAAGAGGAUGAAGGAAGUUAGCAAGAAAUUUGAUAGAUUUUUGGAGCACGUUCUUGAUGAGCAUAUUGAGAAUAAGAAAAACGCAGAUGAUCACAAGGACAUGGUUGAUGUGCUUUUGGAGCUUUCAAAUGAUCCAACUUUGGAGGUCAAGCUCGAGAGGCAUGGAGUCAAAGCUUUCACCCAGGACUUGCUAGUUGGAGGAACCGAGAGCUCAACAGUGACAGUGGAAUGGGCUAUUUCUGAACUUCUAAAGAACCCAAAAUUAUUCAAUAAGGCAAACCAAGAACUGGAUCGGGUUAUCGGGCAUAACCGUUGGGUGGAUGAAAAAGACCUUCCUAACCUUCCAUACAUAGAAGCUAUCAUCAAAGAAACUAUGCGUCUGCACCCGGUAGUACCAUUGCUGGUUCCUAGAUGCGCUAGGGAAGAUUGCAAGGUUGCUGGUUAUGACAUUAAGAAAGGGACCCAAGUCCUUGUGAAUACUUGGACCAUAGGGCGAGACCCGGAAUCGUGGGAAAACCCGGAGGAAUUUAACCCGGAUAGAUUCCUCGGAAAGGAUAUCGAUAUCAAGGGCCAUCAUUAUGAGUUGUUGCCAUUUGGGUCAGGGAGAAGAAUGUGUAUGGGAUAUAGUUUGGGGCUUAAGGUCGUUCAAUCCAACCUAGCUAAUCUCUUGCAUGGGUUUCAAUGGAGGUUGCCAAGUGACAUGAGCAUUGAUGAUUUGAACCUGGAGGAAACUUCUGGAAUUUCGACGCCUAAAAAGAUCCCUUUGGCUGUUGUGGUUGAGCCUCGACUGCCUCGUCAUCUUUAUUCCAUGUAGGUCUUCUGUGGACGAAAAAAUUAAAACGUGCAAAAAACGUUAGCGUGGCCUUGCGCAAAGUAUGAUACACAUAUGGAUCUCUCUUUUCAUCGUAAUUCAUCUCUGUUUAGCCAACAUCAUGUUAUUUAGUAUUUACAUUUGUACCAAAAAGAAAAAUCUGUUAUUUCCUUUCCUCUCAAAAUUCAGAGGGCCGCGGGUAGUGCAUUAUCAGUUGUUUAUUUGUAUUUUCUUUUCAUCAAG